GCAACAAUCCCAUGGCGCGCGCAGUAUAGAAUCUCGACUUUCUUCUCUUUAAAAUAUAAAAUAAUCAUUGUAAAAAACCUGUUCUUAAAUAGAAAGUUCAAUCUGAACUUGCAGCAAACAGCGACAUCGGCGGAUCUAUUUUUAAACCAAGAAAAGAAGGUGAGCCGAUAGUUCAAAGUCGAAACUACUCCUGGGUGAAAAUAUGGAAUAUGAGAUGGUGCAACAAAGAGCUGGAUAUUUUUAACAAACUCAGAUUUUUAAACUCAGAUUUUAAAAAAAGCAAAACAAUUUAUCCUCAAGGAGAAAUUCAAGAUGAUCAGCUCCAGGAAACGGAACCUGGAAGAAGUGAACACAGAAGAGACGAAAAAACUAAGAGAGGAUGCUGGUUGGAUCCAGAAUCACAGAAAAUAGACCAAGAGCUGAGAAACAUCUUUGAACGUCUGAAGAAAGGAACGUGUGGAACAGAAAUGAUAACAAAAACUUUGGAGAUCCAUAAUGUUUCUCAGCAACGUGAUGCUGCUGACUGCCUGGAUCUGAUUUUAUGUAAGGUCAGCCCCCGUGUCUCUGAGCUUUUUGAGGGUCAGCUGAAGUACACAACAAAAUGCUCUAAAGGCCACGUCAUCAAUGAAGAGACAAAUCCUUUCUGGACUCUUCCACUGUCACUGAGAGACAACCCUGAUGAAACAUACAGCAUGGACGGAGGAUUUGAAAAGAUUUUCCAAACCAAGUCAUACAGUGGAGACAACAUGGUGUACUGUGGAGAAUGUGAGAAAAAAACAGAAGCAACCAGUAAAUGUGAGAUGGUGAAGUUUCCUCACAUCUUGAUUCUACUCCUGAAGAGAUUUGACUUUGACUACUACACCAUGUCAGAUUUCAAGUCCGACUGCUGUGUCGCUGUGCCAUCUGAAAUGACAACAAACGGCAAAAAGUACAAAGUGUAUGGGAUAGUGAAUCACAUGGGCAGUCUGAGAGGUGGACAUUACACAGCCACUGUGCUGUUCAGGGAGGACCACACCUGGUAUGACUGUGAUGACUGUAAUGUGACAAAGGCUGAAGAACAGCUGUUUGCAAAAACCAAGACAUACAAUUCCAGGACUGCAUAUCUGGUCAUGUACAGAGCCUCGAGAGAGAGCCAGCAGAAUUGAAAGAACAACAGAGGACCAGGAGAAGAGUGGGGGAAAAGGAUGAACCAAAGAAAAGAAGAAUGCAUGAAUACAUAAAGAAAUCUGGAGAAAAGAACAUCCACGACGAUGCCCUGCAACCUGGCAAGAGUUCAGAGAUAAAGAGGAAUACUUUUUUGAUCACUUUCAUCACUGUUUUUUUGGCCUUAAUUGUAAUACUUGCAAUGAUACUCACAGCUCUAAGCAGAAACUGAUGGAGAGGAAGAAAGUCACCAGAGUUUAUGGUUUUGAAAAUUUCAGCUUGUAACAGAACCAGUUUUGUCAAGGGAGCAAUGAAAAUGUUAUAAUUGCCUUUCACAGAUAACUAUGGUCGAUGUUAUGAACGCAACUUUGUAGAAGCCAUUUAAAUAAUUGUAAAAUCAGUUGUUUGAAGUGAGGAGCUCAAAGAAGGUGCUGUGGUGAUGAUCAUGAUGAUGUUGAUGAAUUUUAAUCACAACAGAAAAAAUUCAGGCAUCAAAAUUGUAUUUUUCACAUUGUCACUGUAAAUUCUGACGCACAAACAGCCAUGACAUGCAAUACCAAGAUUUCAUUAGCAAUAAACGAUUAAAUAAUAACUGUUGUAAUCAUAAAGUUUUCCCCAAAAUUGUAAAAAAAUAAUUUUCCAAAUAAAUAAAGGGUCCCACUCCACAGUGAGUGAUAGUGACAGAACAAUAUCAGAUAUUUGUUUGACGUGCAAUUUAAAGUUCACCCAGAAGGAGGCAGUGAUCCAAUAAUGUAACUACAAUGGUUAUGGAUAUGUAAUCUCUCAUUAUUAAUAUUUAGCAACUUAUAUAUUUACUUAUAUAUUUCUGGCUUUAAUAUUACAUAAUAGAAACUGUAAAAGUAAGUUUAUUACCUACUGUUGUUACCUGAAACCACAAAGACCAUCAGCUGUAAGAGCGGUAUGUUGACAUAGCCUAUAGGCUACUUAUAAACACUGACAACCUUUCAAUUGAUAUUCUGCACAUUGUCGUCCAGUUUCUGAAUCCUGCAGACAAUAUUAAUUGCAGUGUCCUGCCUUAAUUUUUAGAGCUCACCAUCCAAGCCAGCGUCCAACAGUCCAAAAGCAAAGUGUAGCUGAGUGUCAUAGUAGAGACUGAGCUGCUGCUGUCAGAUGUUCUCUCAUCAUCAAAAUCUCUUGUGAAAGGUAGCUUGUAUUUUCAUCUUUAGCCACCUUCAGCCACCAGGUGGGCCUUCUUCACAUUUACUUUCUAAUAGUUUACUCUGUAUAUCAGGUGUGUGAAUUAAAGCAAUUAAAGGUGCUGCUAGUUAGAGACAUUGUGGAAUUUGUUGUGUAUGUGGACUACUCAGAUUUAAUUUGUAAGGCACUUAUACAGUUGCUGACUAAUAUACAAAAUGUCUAUGUCGUACACAUUUAAUGUUAUUCCUUAUCACUUUCUGAUCAGAAACACACCACACCAUGUUUUCAUCCUCACUGUGAUGGACUAAGUCCUCCUGAUCUACAAUCACUGCUGCAUCAAGUGCUUCUUUUCAGUCCACACUAACAACAUGCACUAAUCUACAUAUUCACUAUGAACAUGUAGAUUAGUGAAUGUUGUAAAAAGAAACAAACAAAACAAAAAUUUGAGUAUAGCUUCC